CAGAACUUAAGAUGUUGAAUGAUCAGAACACAGAUCAAUUGGAAACUGCAAACCAGACAUUCUGUGGGAAGAGGAAGAUGAUGAUGCAAUCCCAAAGUUUCAUGCAGCUUGUCCGGGCCUUGUCACGAUCUAGACAGAGAACUGAUGUUAUCAUGAAGGGAGUCGCUGUGAGUGGUAUGUCAGGGGCUCCUAUAUUAAGUAGAAAAGGAGUAUCCACAAUGCUUACUGGAGGUGCACCUGGCUUCACUGUUUCCAUUACUACAGAAGGAAUAAAGGCUGUGUUGGAGAUGUUUCUUACUGAUCGUAACAUCCAGAGAACUCAUCUAUACACCAGAUGCUUCACAUCAUGCCCUUGAGAUGAGCAGUUGAGGGUGGAUUGAUGCACAGGGCUUAGUAGUAGUGCUUGUUAUGUAGGUGUAGCAUGAUUUUGGGGAAGCCUGGUGGCAUGCUCUAGCUUAGGAUGGGGAGUUUGAUGAUCCACAGGAUGGAAGCUUCCAACAUGUGGGGCCAAAACAGCGGUUCGGUGGCAGUCAUACGUAGAGAACCUGGUGCCAAUCUGUCAUGAGGAAAUUGCGAUUCUACAUAAGGAAUCUUCAACAAUUUCUACACAUGCACGUUUUCACAUCGGUUUGAAAUUUUUUGGCAAUCAGUCAUGAGGGUACUGUGGAAAGCAUAGCUAUGUUUUUCCUAUAUUGCUGCUGUUCUAAACUACCUGUACCCAUGUGUUUUUGAGGCUGGGAAUCGAUAGC